UCUACCGACCAACCAGCCAGGGGACGCCGCAUCUCAACUUUUUUCUGUAUGUGGUGGGGGUUUCUGCACUUUGGAGGCGCCCCAGAUUGAGGAGGUUUCACAGAAAAGCCCUCUGAGUCUUUUCUUUAUUUAAACUUCUUCUUGUUAUUAUUAUUUUAAGUGUGUAAUAUCUCCGGGGGACGUAGACAUGCCUCAGCUCAGCAGCGGCGGCGGGGACGACCUGGGAGCGAACGAUGAGAUGAUUGCGUUCAAAGACGAAGGAGAGCAAGAGGAGAAAAUCCAAGAAAACGCGUUCACGGAGAGAGACCUGGCCGACCUCAAGUCCUCUCUGGUGAACGAGUCGGAAAUAAGUCAAAGUCCGAACGCGGCGGCGGUCAGACGGGGACAUCAGGGCGAGCAGAGGGGCUUCCUAGACAAACACCGGGAGCAUCUGGACGGUGUGUCAAAGCAACAAGAUGGAGGCAUGUACAAGACGCCGGCGUACCCUGGGUAUCCGUUCUUGAUGCUGCCUGACCCCUACCUCCCCAACAGCUCCGUUUCUCCAUCUUCCAACAAAGUGUCGGUGGUGCAGCAGUCUCACGGGAUGCACCCCCUGACGUCCCUCCUCCCCUACAGCAACGAGCACUUCAGCCCGAGUCCUCCACAUCUGCCCACAGACAUGAGCCAGAAGACAGGCGUUCACAGGCACCAGUCCCAGGACCUCUCAGGGUACUACUCCCUCCCUCCAGGCGGUGUCGGCCAGAUUACUCCCUCCAUGGGCUGGGUCUAUCCUGCCCUGUCCCCCUGUGGAUUCAGGCAGACCUACUCCUCCAACCUCCCCAGCGCCGCCUCCUACUCCAGGAGCCCUCACUCUCUGAUGCUAGGCCCAUCAGGCAUGCAUCCUACAGGGAUCCCCCACCCUGCUAUAGUGCCCCCCACUGGCAAACAGGAGCAUGAACAGUAUGACAGGGGCAUGUAUGUGAAGCCACAGGUAGAGGCCAAGCGGGAGAAGGAGCCCAAGAAGCCGGUCAUCAAGAAGCCCCUGAACGCCUUCAUGCUCUACAUGAAGGAGAUGAGGGCAAAGGUCAUCGCAGAGUGCACAUUAAAAGAGAGCGCCGCCAUUAACCAGAUUCUGGGACGGAGGUGGCACGCACUGACCCGGGAAGAACAGGCCAAGUACUACGAGUUGGCCAGGAAGGAGAGACAACUGCACAUGCAGCUCUACCCAACCUGGUCUGCCAGGGACAACUACGGCAAGAAGAAGAGGAGAAAAAGGGAGAAGCAGCAGGACUCCAACACAGACCCGGGCUCUCCUAAGAAAUGCCGGGCACGCUUCGGCCUCAACCAACAAACGGACUGGUGCGGUCCUUGCAGGCGGAAAAAGAAGUGCAUUCGCUACCUUCAAGGAGGAGGCUGCCCCAGCCCAACUUCUUCAGAUUUAAGUGCUAUAGACUCUCCCACAUCCCCUUCCCCUGCCUGCCAACGUCUCUACCAGCACCAGCGUGCCCCCUCCCCAUGCUGCUCCCCACCGCCCACUUCCCCAUCAACACAACUUCCACUAUCUCUGCCAACACACACAAACUCCCACACACACUUACCCCUGGAGCAGUCUGACGACAAACGCAGCAACCUCCAUCUGCCCACAACCAAACACACCCCCUCACACCUGGAACUGUCCGGCAAGCAUAUGCACAGCUCGGCGAUGGCGCUGUCAGCCGCCAAGGCUGCAGGACUUUCUCUUAAAGUGCUGACAGAGACCCAGUGAUCACUCCAGUCUGCUCCCGUCCCUGAUCCACCUCAGCAUCCUCCAGAGCCAUGAAGAUUUCUCACAUUUAUCUACACCCCGUUGUUCUUUUGUCUGAUUUUUUUUUUAAACUGAAGCUGGCAGGAUGGUGGAGCAACCAUUCAGUCAUCAGUGACAACCAGCAUCUGUUUGAUUGUCCCACAUUAAGAAACUGUAUGAUAUUUGUUUCUAUACCCAUUACAUCAUUAACAGACCAACCAGGCUUUGUGCUUCUCAAAGCCGCCUCCACCUGAUUGGUUGUCCAGCCAGUGUUCAGCACAGUUCAUACUGCACAUGUGGUUAUCAUCAGUUUUGUAUUUUGUGGUUGUAUGACAACUUCCUGGGACUGAACAUGAUGAUUUGGAGAAGGCAAACCUUCAGUCUGGACGAUGCAGCCAGCUCCAGACCACAUACUCCCAGCUGCACAGAGACAGACUCGUGCUGAAGGCAGAAUUUGUUUUAGCGGUUAUUUGGCUCCAUCUGCUGCAGUUAAACUCAGUUAAAGCAAUUAGUUCUGCGCUGAGGAACGCUCUGUCUCUGAGAAAUCCUUUUUAAAGCUCAUUAG